AACGAGUAUAGGGGUUGAUUGCUGAGCCUGGAUACUGCACCUGUACUGACAUCGGUGUUUAAUGAUGAAGAUGAGGAUGAUGUUGAUGAUAAUGCUUGCUUCAGACAGCCCUCGAGGGUGAGAUCCUGACUACAUAUCUGCUCCUGACGCAUCAAGUGUUUCCCAUGUCUGAACUCCUGACACAAUCACCAUACAUCGACCAUGUCAAGCCCCGAAUCCCUUGGCAACAUUGUCUUGAUUCUGGCCUGGUUGUUUGCCGGCAUUGCCAUUAUCGUCGUUGCGAUCCGGUAUUAUGUCCGACUCCAGAUCGUCAAGCGGUACACACUCGACGAUGCAUUGAUCCUAGUCGCACUAGUGAGUGAACUGGAAAAUUCCAAUCCCCGACUUGCACCUUGCACCUUGCACAGCAGGCCCAUUCUAAUGCCCCAGGCACUGGCAAUCGGCAACUCCGUCUUCCUGACCAUCGCCGCCCACUGGGGAUUGGGAACGCACAUGGCCGCCCUCUCGGAGGAGAGAAUCAUGUACGCAGUGAAAUGGGUGUACCUCUGUGAAUUCUUUUCGAUCCUGUCCCCGGGGAUCGGGCGGAUCGCAUACGCCUCCUUGCUGAUGAGCCUGGUGCCCCCCGUCCGGUGGCGGACCCGUCUGCUGUGGACCAUCAUCUGGAUCCAGUUCGCGGUGGACAUCGCGACCGUCGUGGUCAGCUUCGCGCAGUGUCGCCCGAUGAAGAAGUUCUGGGCUAGUCAAACGCCCGGGAGCUGUUGGCCGGCCACCGUCCAGCGCGAUAUGGGCUAUUUUCAAGGCUCUGUGUGUUCUGCCGUUGAUCUCGUCCUCGCUGCCUUUCCUGCUAGUAUGUUCUGGGGGCUGAACAUGGAGAAGAAGCGCAAGAUCUCGCUCUCCUGCUUGAUGGGACUGGGGAUCUUUGCGAUGAUUGCCUCAAUCGUCAAGACCGUCCAGCUGCGAGCCAUCACGUCGGAGGCCGAUCUGACGUACGCCAUGGCCAAUCUCGCCAUUUGGUGGACCCUCGAGGCGUAUUUCGUCCUGAUCGCAACCUCCGUCCCGGCAUUGAAGCCGAUCAUGACGCGGUCGGGCCACCACAGCAAGAGCCCCACGCCAAAGAGGCUGUCACGGCUCAAUAGCUUCCGCUACCGUCUGUCAAGCCAUGGCUACAAUAUCCGCAACGAUAGCUUGGAAGGACCCGAUCAGCUGCUGGGUCACUAUGCUAGUAUGGGCAGUGGCCAGGAGAGCCCCUGUAUUGUCGGCGGGGAGUCCUAUCCUUUGAAGGAGAGUAGCAACCGGGUUUCUCGUCAGGGGAGAUGGGGGGAAGGUGGAAUUGAGAAAACCACCACGAUUGGGGUCGUAUAUGGAAGAGCGACCGAUGCGGAGCCGCCACGGCGCUGAAGGGCGUUCCCUGCAAACCUAGAGAAUGGAAGGAGGCUCACAGAGUCUUCGUGUUAGUUGUAUAUGUAAAUGUGUAUCUGUGAUAGCAGUUACCUAGAAAAGUUCCCCUAGCACGAUGUCCUGGACUGUACCUCUGCAAAAUACGGAAUGGUGCUUUCCCG